AUGUUACACAUCGAGCUAGGUAUCAUAAGUCGCUAUUACGAGUGCAAGAAAAUCCUGUGUAUGUUAUUAUCGCUCUCUCUUCUCUCCUUUCAUUUGUUCAAAGGAUGUCAAUUCUAUCCCGCCGGAGAGUAUCUCAAGUUCGUCAGGGUAGCGGAGAACGUGCGAAUAGGAUCGGACAUCGUGACCCUGGAAGUCCAUCCGAGGAGUCACCUUGCGAUCAUGGCCGUCGACAAAGAAGAAGACUCGAGAUACUUCGGCUGGCGAGAAGUGAACAAGACGCACGUAUCGAUCGUGCUGGCGAAAUCGCUCGAGGACGUCGUGGAUGCCGAUGCCCCGCGAAAUCUCCUCAAGUUUCGUCUGGCCUGCGAUCACGCGGACGGUGCCAACUCUCUGGUCUCGUCGCACUUGUCCGUGACGGUCUACGUCGAGGAUGUGAACGAUCACGCUCCGCAAUUUGUCGACGCUCCUUAUCACGUCACCGUGGAUGAACUCUCACCUGCAGGUCUCACGAUAUUUCGCGGGAUUCACGCGUUCGACAAGGACAAGCCCGGCACGCCCAACAGCGACGUGCACUACGCCAUAAUCAAGGGCAACGAGGACGGGAAAUUCGCCCUGGAAUCGGGCCACAGAACUGCACUGGUGCUGAAAAAGCCCGUGGAUUACGACGCGGGCGAUCGAGAGUACAACUUGCUCAUCAGUGCAAAUGAUCGAGGAAGUCCAGCCAAAAGCUCGAACACAACGAUCACGAUAACGGUCGUCGAUAACGAUGAUUUGGAUCCCAAAUUCACCCAAGACAUAUAUCGCACGCAAAUUUACGAGUUCUAUCCAGUACCCAGCCGCUCGAUCCACAAGGAAGUGGACUUCGCCACGCCGAUUCGCGCCAUCGACCAGGACCGCGAGAUCGACGUGCCGAUGCGCUACGAUAUCAUAUCGGGCAACGACGCGGGCACCUUUCACCUGGACCCGCGCAACGGCUCGCUGUUCCUGGAGCGCGCCAUCGACCUCGACGCCGAGCGCAAUCUGCCGGCCAACACGUUCGUGCUGCAGAUACGCGCCGUGCAGAUCGACAAUCCGGCCAAGCUCGCGUUCGCCCGGGUCGAGGUGGAGCUGCUCGAUCUCAACGACAAUCUGCCCGAGUUCGAGGUCGACUUCUACAACAUCUCGAUCGUCGAGAAUCUGCCCAACGGCUUCAGCGUGCUGCAGGUCGUGGCCUACGAUCGCGACCAGGGCGAGAACGGCGAGUUCGCGUAUGAGCUGCGCGACCCCGCGGGCGCCUUCGCCGUCGAUCCGCGCACGGGCUGGCUGACCGUGCAGGACCAGAGCGUGCUCGAUCGCGAGAAGAAGUCGUUUCUGCAGAUGAAGGUGCUGGCGGUGGAGAGGAGGCCGAGCGUGGUCAAGCGCUCCAACGGCUCGUCCUCGGUCAACGUCGAGGUGACCCUGCUCGACGCCAACGACAACAAUCCCGUCUUCGUGCCCAACAACCUGAUGGAGAUCGUGGCCAGGAGCGACUUCAAAGUCGGCACCAUCGUUGGCCAGGUACACGCCGUGGACAAAGAUCUCGGCUCUAACGGAUUGGUGCGCUACAAGCUUCAGCGGCCCGGCAACGUCACCGGCAAAAUACCCUUCGACGUCAACGCCGACACGGGCGUCAUAUCCGUGGCGGAGAGUCCGAUACAGGAGGGACGCCACGCCAUCUUCAUCGAGGCGGCGGAUCAGCCCUCGAAUCCGAGCGAGCGUCGCUUCUCCCUGGCCGUGGUGACGAUCGAUGUUUUCCGGCCUGACAGCCAGGGUUCGAGGACUCCGGACUUCGUUGGAGCACCGUACGAGUUCUGGGUAGGUGCCAACGUACCCGUCGGCACGAGCGUCGGCCAGAUCCGAGUCAACGAGGCCGUCAAGGGCAAAGACGUGGUCUACGACCUUCUGCACAGCUAUCACGAAGGAGUGCCUUUCGCGGUGGAGGAAAGAUCGGGCACGAUCACGGUGGUCGACGAGAUCGAGCAGUUCAAGCGGUCGACUUACGACUUCGAGGCCGUCGUGACGAACGAGAGGAACCUCAGCCUCGUGACCAACGUCUCGAUACACGUGGUCGAUCCCAACGACGACAGCGGCCUUUUCACCAAAGGAACGACCAAGGCCCCGCUGACGUUUCACGUGCGCGAGAACGCCGCGGGCGCCUUCAUCGGCCAAGUGGUGCCGGUCAACGCGAGCAGCAGCGUCCUCAAGAACGUGCGAUUUCUCAUCGCCAAUCAGCAGGACAUGUCGGAGAUCGCCAUCACCGAGACCGGAGCCCUGUACACGCCCACGGGCCUCGAUCGGGAGAAGCGUAAAAAUUACAGCAUCACGGCGAUAGCCGAGAGCCCGCGCGGCAUCGGCAUUUUUCAAGUGAUGAUAAUCGUGGACGACGAGGACGACAACGCGCCGAUAUUCUCCUCGGCAUCGUACGAGGGCAGGAUCGCGGAGAACAGCCCUCGCGACACCGAGGUGACGAUGCAGGGUAGCCACGUCGCGGCCCGAGACCCGGACGAGGACUCGAGCGUGCUGUUCGCUCUGCGCGGCGAUGGCAGCAACUUAUUCCGAAUCGACCAGAUCACCGGACGGAUAUUCUUCGCCGGUAACGCCUCGCAGACGCUCGACCGCGAGGAAAAAGCCCUGUAUCGACUGUGGAUCGUCGCCGGCUACGGAAAGAAAAAGUCUUCGAACGCGUCGCUGACGAUUCACGUGGACGACGAGAACGACAACUCGCCGAGCUUCGUGCAGAUGGUGAUACUGCCCGACCAAGGGAUACGCGUGUCGAAGAACGACCUCUCGGGCACGGAUCUCUCGCCGAAGAGGCUCAACGGCAGCGGCGUCGGUAAAGUCGACGAGCGCUCGCCGCUGCUCUACGUGCCGGAGAACGUGACCGUGGGCGCGCCCAUCAUCAGGCUGAUAGCUCGCGAUCUCGACGCGGCCGGCAACGCCGAGAUAACCUACGGCAUCCUGUCCGAGGUGCUGUCGUCGUCCUCCUCCAAGUCGAUGAGCGACGGCAAAGUCCCGGUCAAGCGUUACUUCGUCAUGGACUCGCGUUCCGGCGAGAUAUCCGUGGCCGGCGCGCUGCCCGCAGAGACCGACGCCGUGCUCGAGAUCGUGGCCAGGGACGGAGGCGGCCUGCUCGACCGCGUCGUCGUCAAGAUCCACGUGUUCGACGUGAACGAUCACGCGCCCGUCUUCAAGCAGUCCUGGUACACGUUCGACGUGCCCGAGGGCACCUACAAGAGGCUGGAGAUCGGCAGGAUCGAGGCGGCCGACGCCGAUCACGGGGCCAACGCCAAUCUCACCUACGAGCUGCUGUCCACCGGCGACGAUAGAAACGUCAAAUUCGAGAUAUCCAGGUACCACGGGGGUUUCUUCGUGACCGGCAUACUGGACCGUGAAGUGCGCGAUCUGUACAACCUCAAAGUCCUCGUGAGGGACAACGGUACGGUGAGUCUUUCGGCCAGCGCCGACCUGGAGAUCCACGUGCAGGACGUCAACGACAACGCCCCGCAGUUCCACGGCUACCAGGAGACGAGCAAGAUGUCGAAUUUCCUCAAGGCGGACGUGGCUGCGUCGUCAUCGUCGUCGAGGUCGACGACGAAGCGCGUGCCGAUCUAUUACGCCUCGGUGCCGGAGAACAGCCAGGCCGGCACCGUGGUCACCAAGGUCCACGCUAACGACUCGGAUUACGCCGGCAACGGCAACGGCCUCAUACUCUACGACAUGCCGUACGCCCGGGGACAGGCGCAGCACUUCGCCAUCGACAACAAGGAGGGACUGAUCACGACGAUCGGCAGCUUGGAUUACGAGACGCAGAGCGUGCACAAUUUGACGAUAGUCGCGAGCGAUCUGGGCUCGCCCAGUCUCACGUCGACCGCCAUGCUGAUCGUGCGUAUCCUCGACGUGGACGAGGGCCCGGAGGAUCCCAAGAGGCCCGCCUUCCAGCAUCGCUACUACGAGGUGGAGGUCGAGGAGAACACGGCGGUGCCGCUGCGACUGCUCGAUCUGCGCACGGUGGCUGCCGGUGACGAUCAGCAGAAACAGGGAGCUAGUGGCGGUCACUUUCGUUACAGCAUCGUCGCGGACCAGGCCGGCGACGUCAAGCAGCACUUCUCCCUGGACCCGGUGAACGGCUCGCUGUAUCUGCUCACGAGUCCCGAUCGGGAGCAGCGCGGCCACUACGAGCUCAAGGUGCGAGUGGACAAGAUCAAGAUCGGCCGCGGCAUGCCGAUCAUGAUCUAUCCGGUGGAGGGCGAGCGACUCAACGGUCUCGGGCCCAACGAGGCGCGCAUCGUCCUCAAGGUCAAGGACGUCAACGACAACGUGCCGAAAUUCAAGACCAACGGCAGGCCUAUCCUGGCCGCCAUCUCCACCACGGCGCACUACGGCUACAACAUCAUCAAGGUCGAGGCGGAGGACCCGGACGAGGGUAUAAACGGCCAAGUGCGCUACCAGAUCCUGGGCGGACGGGCUGGCGGCGGCGAGGACUCGCCGAAAUUCGCCAUUGACCCAGUGAGUGGUCAAGUGCAGACGGCCGCGAGCUUCGCCAAAGACGCUGGCCGCGUGUACGGCUUCGAUGUCAAGGCCACCGACAGGGCCGGCGCCGAAGACGGCCGCAGCAGCAUCGCCAACGUCUUUGUUUACGUGCUGGAUCACACCAAACAAUUAGUCAUGAUAAUGGGCAAGAAACCGAUGGAGAUCGAGAAGGAAAUCAACAACAUUACCAGUGCCUUGAAGAACAUUACGGGACUGGAUAUUCGCGUUAGAAAAAUAGAGCCGCAUACCGAAAAGAAUCUCAUCGAUAUUUCAUCGAGCGACAUGUAUCUGUACGCCGUCGAUCCGAAUCUCAACGUCAUGAUAGACAUCGACACGCUGCAAAACGUCUUCCGCAGCAAAAAGUCGGAGAUAAAGCGCGAGCUGGAGCGCUACAAGGUGCUGGACAUCGCGGGCAGCAAGGCGCGCCGCGCCAGCCAGCUGCAUCUGCUCUCCACCCUCGAGGUGGCCGUGGUGGUGCUCGGCUGCGUCGUCUUCGUCAGCGCCCUCGUCAUCGCGCUCUGCAUCACUUGCGUUAGACGCAGCAAACGACGUCAACUGUACGGAUCCGGUGGCAGCGUGUUCCACGCGCCAGUGGGAUUCGCCCUCGAGCCGGGCGGUGGCACACUGCAAAAAUCCUCGACUCUGUUCCCGUCCUACAUGGGCGGCUUCCACCAGUACGACCCCACGGCCUCGUUCUCCGGCGAGAUGCGCCAGAACAGCUUCUGCGAGCACGAGCCCAACUGCGUCAGAUUUCACAGUUGCAGCAACACGAGCCUCGGCGGCGGUGGCAACGGCAAACGAUCGGGCGCCAGUAGCAGGCGCAAUCACAGCAAUCUGGAAACGUCGGCGACGUCGCUGCACUCGAGCGGCCAGGACUCGGGCAUCGUCGCGGGUGGCGGCGGCCCGACGCGCCUCUGCCAGUGCAGCAACUCGUCCAGCCCGGCCAGCAGCGGCGAAAGUAGCAAGUCAGUCUUUUACCGGCCGAGCUCGCAAAACGAUUACGAGGACUCGCUGAAAUCGCUGCAUCACCAACACCAUCGACACCACCACGGCCAACAACAACUGCAACUGCAUCGUUCGCGAGGGGGACAAGAUUUACGCCGCGGCAACAACGCAGCCAAGGGGAACAAUGGCAACGCGAAAAAUCCGAUGCUGCUAUCGAAAAAGCAUCGCUUUCACUCGUUCACGAAUCUCGAAUCGAUCUAUCAGGCCGAGCCGAGCAGUCUGCAGUACGAGAACAACGGCGGCGGCGGCCGUGACAGGCGCUAUCAAACGAUGCUCAUGGAUCAAAAACGUCAAAGCGGCAACGCGUUCAACAGCUCGAGCGCAAUUUACUCGAUCGCCCACAGACGCACGUUCUCCGAGGCCGAGAAUCUCAACAACAUAACCGAGACGGUGAUUCAGGAGCAUCCGCUGCGCCAGCCGAGAUCGCUCGGCUCGAUGGGAAAUUUGCCAGCCGCAAUAUCCUCGUCGUCGUCGUCGUCGUUUCUGCACGGAAAGGGAAAAGCGAUGAUUGCGGCGGCGGCGGCAGCUAACUCCUCCUCGACGCAACAUUUGAGGUCCGCCGAUAACGUAAUUUACGCCAGGCCAAGGUGUAAUUUUACUUGA